CUAUGAAAAAUUCAAUUUGAGAAUUUCAAUCAGAUUGUUGUAUGUCAGCAAAAAAAAUUGGUAAAGUACUCGAAAAUAGCUUAUUCUGUAGGAAAUUCUUUCUUCUAUGGUUUUGUUUAUUCUGAAAAAAAUAAAACUUGUGUGUGCUAGAUUCUGAAAAGUGACCGUUCAGUUUUCUCGGAAUCUCAAUUUGCGAAAUCUGAUAAUCUUUUCUUUUUCCUUGAUAUUCUUAGAGGAUAUAUUCUUCUCUAUUUGAAUCACUAUUUCGAUUCUUUUUUUGCGAUGAAGACAGCAAAAAAAAAUUCAAAAUAAACCUUGUUGAAUAAUUUUCAUAGCUACUACAUAUACAAUAAAUACUAAUGAUUGAUUCAUUUACAAAUUUUCAAAGUAUUGUCUUGAUAAAGAUUGUGGCAUUUUUCUGUAAUAAACUUUGAAUUUUGAUCACAAAUCUAAAUAGUAAUUUAUUUUUUAUUUGAAUGAAUAAUGAUAAAUACAUAAAAAGAAAUAACCAUUAAAAAACGAACUGUUCUUAAUUAUUUCUUUUCAUGUAGGUCCCAUGGGUCAUUUUCUUGAUAAUAUAAUGGGUGGAAAUCCAAAUCCAACAUUUGGACAAAUGCUUGGAAGUUAUUAUCCUGGAUAUCAUUAUCAUGUAUUUCAUUAUCCAUACGGAUGGUACUAG